AUGUGUGGCCAUGUCAACGAAAGACGGGUCAACCGCUUCAGGCUUGAUUUGGUGGGGAAAGAAGAGGAUACUUACCAUUCCAGGCCACUGAUAUUAUUCGGCUCUUCUCACUUGGCCAAUCUGCUAGGCCUGUCUCAGCCCUCCAUCCCUCUGCUCAAUGAUUUACGUUCAAGUGAUCUGUUUCAAAUUUGUUUCUUGGAAGGUAAUACGCAGAUGCGGGAACGCUAUAAAAAAGUUUAUAUGCGAGAACGCAGCAGAAAUAAAAAUUUUCUAUUACAGAAGAUAUCAAAAAAUAGAGAAUUAUUAUUGUAG